AGUGUUGGGGGGGAGGCAGACAGACACACACUUUAGAUAAGGACAAUUAGUCACCAGCGAGACCCUGUAGGAAGAGAGGUUUAAAUCAGAGGGAUUUAAUGGGGGUGCUCUGUGCCUUCCCUGAAGCCAUGCCCUCCAGCAACUCCCGCCCCCCUGCGUGCCUAGCCCCGGUGGCUCUCUUCUUGGCUCUGUUGGUCCAUCUCUCCCUUUCCUCCCAAGUUGGAGACAGGAGACCCUUGCCUGUAGACAGAGCUCCAGGUUUGAAGGAAAAGACUCUGAUUCUACUUGAUGUGAGCACCAAGAACCCAGUCAGGACAGUCAAUGAGAACUUCCUCUCUCUGCAGCUGGAUCCGUCCAUCAUUCAUGAUGGCUGGCUCGAUUUCUUAAGCUCCAAGCGUCUGGUGACCCUGGCUCGGGGACUUUCGCCCGCCUUUCUGCGCUUUGGAGGCAAAAGGACGGACUUCCUGCAGUUCCAGAACCUGAGGAACCCGGCGAAAAGCCGCGGGGGCCCCGGUCCGGAUUACUAUCUCAAAAACUAUGAGGAUGACAUUGUUCGAAGUGAUGUUGCCCUGGAUAAACAGAAAGGCUGCAAGAUUGCUCAGCACCCUGAUGUUAUGCUGGAGCUCCAACGGGAGAAGGCAGCUCAGAUGCACCUUGUUCUUCUAAAGGAGCAAUUCUCUAAUACUUACAGUAAUCUCAUAUUAACAGCCAGGUCUCUAGACAAACUUUAUAACUUUGCUGAUUGCUCUGGACUCCACCUGAUAUUUGCUCUAAAUGCACUGCGUCGUAAUCCCAAUAACUCCUGGAACAGUUCUAGUGCCCUGAGUCUGUUGAAGUACAGCGCCAGCAAAAAGUACAACAUUUCUUGGGAACUGGGAAAUGAGCCAAAUAACUAUCGAACCAUGCAUGGCCGGGCGGUAAACGGCAGCCAGUUGGGAAAGGAUUACAUCCAGCUGAAGAGCCUGUUGCAACCCAUCCGGAUUUACUCCAGAGCCAGUUUAUAUGGCCCUAAUAUUGGGCGGCCCAGGAAGAACGUCAUUGCCCUCCUAGAUGGAUUCAUGAAGGUGGCAGGAAGCACGGUGGAUGCAGUUACCUGGCAACAUUGCUACAUUGAUGGCCGGGUGGUCAAGGUGAUGGACUUCCUGAAAACUCGCCUGUUAGACACACUCUCUGACCAGAUUAGGAAAAUUCAGAAAGUGGUUAAUACAUACACCCCAGGAAAGAAGAUUUGGCUUGAAGGUGUGGUGACCACCUCAGCUGGAGGCACAAACAACCUAUCAGAUUCCUAUGCUGCGGGAUUCUUAUGGUUGAACACUUUAGGAAUGCUGGCCAAUCAGGGCAUUGAUGUUGUGAUACGACACUCAUUUUUUGACCAUGGAUAUAAUCACCUGGUGGACCAGAAUUUCAACCCAUUACCAGACUACUGGCUCUCUCUCCUUUACAAGCGCCUGAUCGGCCCCAAAGUCUUGGCUGUGCAUGUGGCUGGGCUCCAACGGAAGCCACGGCCAGGCCGAGUGAUCCGGGACAAACUAAGGAUUUAUGCUCACUGCACAAACCACCACAACCACAACUAUGUUCGAGGGUCUAUUACACUUUUUAUCAUCAACCUGCACCGAUCAAGAAAGAAAAUCAAACUGGCUGGGACUCUCAGGGACAAGCUCGUGCACCAGUAUCUGCUGCAGCCCUAUGGACAGGAGGGGCUCAAGUCCAAGUCAGUGCAGCUGAACGGCCAGCCCUUAGUGAUGGUGGACGAUGGGACCCUUCCCGAACUGAAGCCCCGUCCCCUGCGGGCCGGCCGGACAUUGGUCAUCCCUCCAGUCACCAUGGGCUUCUAUGUGGUCAAGAAUGUCAACGCCUUGGCCUGCCGCUAUCGAUAAACCACCCUCACGCCCACAAGUCACCCGCAGGCCGCUGGACUGCUUUCCACUCUCCUGCCCUAAUCGUAUCCUGAUCUUUCAGACAUCUUCUUAGCAACAAACCAGUCUCUGCUGCCCCAUCCUGCUGGAAUCAGCACAGACUUGCUCUCUAAAGAGACAAAUGCCUAGCACGAGCUUUGCGUAGGGAGGCCACAUCCACCCCAAAGGAAAGUGUACCCAUCACCUGUGCCUAUAGAAGGAUGAAGGUAUGUGUGUGGAGCCGUAUGUACCCAUGUGCACACACCAGGAAGAGAAGCCGGCAGUGCACUCGCAGGACCCAUGAAACAGCUCUCCAUCAUCCGGGUCACACAGCAGUGUCACUAUAGACCUUAGCCUGGGACUGCUUCCCACAGUACGAGAUGAGGAAGGAAACCACCAAGUGGGCCUUCAGGAGCCCAGUCCUCUUCAAACUCCUCUCCUUGUCUGUUCCCUGCUGUUGCCCCGGGUUUCCUGUCACCUCUCUUCUCACCGGGGAGCAAGUGGGUGGGUCAGCGACGGCCUGCUGGGUGAGCUGUUUAUGUCAUUUCCUGGCUGAUGUAUGAGUGUGUGCAUCUGGGUUUCUGGCAGUGGCAUCGAUCACUGGCUAUUCCUCCGGGAGACGGGUGCUUCAAAAGUAAAAUUGUAAUCGUACUCCAGAUUUUGUAAGAGGGUUCUAUUCCUCUGUGAAUCCGGAUUCCCCUUGGGUUGGAAUGGGAGUCAGGUAACAAUAUUCAUGGAGUGGAGAACAAUGUAUUAGGCACCACAAAAAGCAAUCAUCAUCCGUCAUGUGGCUGGGAGGGAGAGAGUUUCAGCACAAAGACAAAGCACACUGAACCACCGAAUGAAUGCAGACACACACACACACACACACACACACACACACACCCCAACUGAACAA